AUGAUCUUUUCUUUGAUUCUUUUGAUCCAAGCAGCUUCUAACUUUCAAGAUACUGACACUCUUAUCAUUCCUGAAGGCACAAAAGAAAUAAGAGAAUAUCAAUAUGCAUAUUGGGAUAAUUUUACCAAGAUUUCGUUUCCAAAUUCAUUAGAAAUAAUUCAUCAAUAUGCAUUUUCUGACUGUAUUAGCUUAGAAAGUCUCGAAUUACCUCCAAAUCUUUUAAUAAUUGAGGAUUUUUCUUUUCAUUAUUGUUUAAAUUUGAAAACAAUCGUUUUUCAUUCCGAAAAAACUGUUAUUUCACAAUGCUCAUUUCAAAGUUGCACACUACUUGAAACUAUUCAACUUCCUUCAAAUUUAAAAUCUAUUUCAUCAUCUUUAUUUGAACAUUGCAUCAAUCUUCAAACAAUACAACUCCCUGCAUCAUUAGAAUCAAUUGAAGACCAUGCAUUUUGUGGAUGCACGAGUUUACAACAUAUUGAACUUCCUCCAAAUAUUACAUUCAUUAGAGAGUCUUGUUUUUCCAAUUGUAUAAAUCUUCAAGCAAUACAACUCCCUGCAUCAUUGAUGAUUAUUGAGAACAAUGCAUUUUGUGGUUGCACGAGUUUACAACAUAUUGAAAUCCAACCAAAUGUUACUUCCAUUGGAAAAGAAUGUUUUUGCAAUUGUACAAAUCUUCAAUCAAUAAAUCUCCCAUAUGGUUUAGACAUAAAGGCUGGUACUUUUAAGAAUUGUAUUAAUCUAGGCAAAAUAGAUUUUUCUGGUAUUUCAAUAAUUUCUGAAUAUGCAUUUUAUAAUUGCACAAAAUUAACCUUAGAUUCUUUUUCAGAUGAUCUAAUUGCUAUUGCCAAGUUUGCAUUUUCAUAUUGUUUAAGCUUGAAACAUAUUAAAAUUCCAAUAGAUAUUAUAAAUGAAGGCACGUUUAGUAAUUGCUUUGGUUUGGAAUCAAUACAAUUUGAAUCUGGAAUUAUAAAAGAUGAAGCUUUUGAAAAUUGCAUAAAUCUUGGUAAAAUUGAUUUCCCAGAUAGUAUAAGUUCAAUUGGAAAAUAUGCAUUUUAUAAUUGCAAGAAAUUAACAUUUGAUUCUUUUCCAUCUUCUCUAGGAUCGAUUCGUAAUUAUGCAUUUUCAUACUGCUUAAGCAUUAAACAUAUUAAAAUUCCAGCAUUUUCUGUAGAAGAAGGCGCAUUUAGUAACUGCUUUGGUCUGGAAACAAUACAAUUUAUUUCUACGUUGAAUAAGAUUGGAGAUAAAGCCUUUGAAAAUUGCAUAAAUCUUGGUAAAAUUGAUUUUCCAGACAGUUUAACUUCAAUUGGAAUAAGAGCAUUUUAUAAUUGCACAAAAUUAACAUUUGAUUCAAUACCAGUUGGAAAGAUUAAUGAAUACGCAUUUGCAAAUUGUAAUAAUGUUAAAAGCAUUGUUUGCAUGAUGGGGUAUGGAGACUUGAUAGACACAGGUGUAUUUGCAAAUUGCACUAAUUUGGAGAGCAUUGCAAUUAAAGCAGAUUUGGCUACCAUCAACAGCUAUCUAUUCACAAAUUGUUAUUCAUUAAAAUCGAUUCAAUUUCAUGAUACUCUUCGAUCUAUAGGAGAAUUUUCAUUCCAAAAUUGCAGAUCAUUGGAAAGUUUUACAAUCACAGAAAACAUCCAAAAAAUUGGUGAAUCUGCAUUUGAAGAUUGUAUCAAUAUUAAAAGUAUCAUAUUCUUGAAUUUAUCAAGACAGGUUACAAUCGACAAAUGUUGUUUCAAAGGCAUGACAUCAUUAGAAAACAUCACUUUACCUUCAUCCAUAAAUAGCAUUUCUUCAGAACUCUUUUAUCGUUGCAGUAGUUUAAGAGAAAUAAAAUUACCAGAUAGCAUUACGACAAUUGAAGAAAUGGCCUUUGAAGAAUGCAGUAUUCUUGCUUGUAUCGAAAUUCCAAAUUCAGUUUCAAACAUUGGUACGAGAGCAUUCUGUCAUUGCAUUAAACUCAAAGAAUUAAAUUUGAAAACUUCGAUUGUUUCCGAGAAAGGGACAAACUAUCCAGUGUCACUUUUCAAAGGAAUAAAAAAAAUAAUAAAGAUGAAAUAA